AUGAUUGGACACUAUCAGACAGAGGACAGUGAUCCCGUCAGGAUUACAGGAACACAGUCAACAGGCCGAAACUACACACAGACCAGUGCAGCUGUUACACUGACUGUAUCAGCAGUAAAAGUCAAACCUACAAUCACCUCAAACCCUGAAGGAGCUGCACUGACAGGAAACACAGUGACUCUGUACUGUAAACUCCAUCAGUCUGCUGGAUGGACGUUUUACUGGUCCAAACACACACAGAGCUCUGAGAACGAGACCAUCACCAACGUCUACACCAUCAGCUCAGUUAGUCCCUCUGAUGGAGGUCAGUACCGGUGCAGAGCUGGCAGAGGAAACCCAGUCUACUAUACACACUACAGUGAUGCACUCUGGGUAAACGUUACUGCUUCAGGUCCUGGUGUAAUAGUCGGAGUGUCAGUGGGACUGAGUCUAAUCUUGCUCCUCAUCAUCAUACUGGGCCUGAUUUGCUGUUACAAGAAGAGCAAAGGUGAUUCUGCAGCUCAGCCCAGUGAUGACACUUACGCUGAGAUUAUGACUACAAUCAGCUACAGAGGAAGCGAUGAAGGAGCAACACAACCAAAUGAUGUCACUUAUUCCCAGAUUCAGCUGAAAAACCUGGAACAUCAUGAAAAAGGUCUGUGAAGAAAACUGCUGCUGUUUCAGUGCAGAACAGUAACCAUUCACAGAAACUCCUGGUUGGGUUCUAAGGAGUGCAGACAGAAGAGGACCUGAACACAUUUAGACUGUCAGAACUUUCAUACGUGAUUUGAACAACUUCAUUUACUAAUCAUAACACAUUUCCUUUGGAAUAAAAUGAGUAUUUAUGUGAACUAAACCAAUGUGAGCAGCACAUAAUCAGAGCUUUGUACAAUCAAAACACAUAAAAGCUCAGUUUCUCAGGCUGAAAUUGAGCUUAAUCCUCAUCUAAAAACUCUGUUCACAGAUAAUCUCUGUCCAGAAAACAGACUCAAAAUAUCAAGAGUUGUUUUUCUAAGUGACGAUAAGCAAACCUCAGUCAUGUCCGUCAGCUCAGGGGAUCAAAUCGGCAGCCUUGCAGUCACAAGGCUGGUUCCCUAACCACCAGCCCACGAUGAUUCAAAUAGUGCCAAAUUUUGUUUGAUGAGAUUUUUUGUAGUUAUGAGUUUUGAUGUUUAAUGUGUGUUAGUUUUAUUUUUUAUCAUUUAUAUUAUUCUUUUGCCUAACCCAACUAACAAUCUUCAUACAGUAAUGCUGAUGACAAAAAGCAGUCUGGUCCUACGCUGUGCUAUUCUUCUUGUACUGUAUUGUAUUCAUGUAUUGUUACAUAUUUCUGUUUUUGAUAGAGUUG